CGCGGGUCUAGGUGCGGCGGCGAGCGAUGCCCACAGCAUGGCCUGGUGCUCCGAGCCCAUGGCGCUGCUCCUCGGUUUCGGCCUCCUCUGGCUGUGCUCAGGAGUCUGGGGUACGGACACAGAGGAGCGGCUGGUGGAGCAUCUCCUGGAUCCUUCCCGCUACAACAAGCUUAUCCGCCCAGCUACCAAUGGCUCUGAGCUGGUGACAGUACAGCUCAUGGUAUCACUGGCCCAGCUCAUCAGUGUGCAUGAGCGGGAGCAGAUCAUGACCACCAAUGUCUGGCUGACCCAGGAAUGGGAGGAUUAUCGCCUUACUUGGAAGCCUGAGGAGUUCGACAACAUGAAGAAAGUCCGACUCCCUUCCAAACACAUUUGGCUCCCAGAUGUGGUCCUAUACAACAAUGCGGACGGCAUGUAUGAGGUGUCCUUCUAUUCCAAUGCGGUGGUCUCCUACGACGGCAGCAUCUUCUGGCUGCCGCCCGCCAUCUACAAGAGCGCCUGCAAGAUCGAAGUGAAGCACUUCCCGUUCGACCAGCAGAACUGCACCAUGAAGUUCCGCUCCUGGACCUACGACCGCACGGAGAUCGACCUGGUGCUCAAGAGCGACGUGGCCAGCCUGGACGACUUCACCCCCAGCGGCGAGUGGGACAUCGUGGCGCUGCCAGGCCGGCGCAACGAGCACCCCGACGACUCGACUUACGUGGACAUCACCUACGACUUCAUCAUCCGCCGCAAGCCGCUCUUCUACACCAUCAACCUCAUCAUCCCCUGCGUGCUCAUCACCUCGCUGGCCAUCCUCGUCUUCUACCUGCCGUCCGACUGCGGCGAGAAGAUGACCCUGUGCAUCUCCGUGCUGCUGGCGCUCACCGUCUUCCUGCUGCUCAUCUCCAAGAUCGUGCCGCCCACCUCCCUGGACGUGCCCCUGGUCGGCAAGUACCUCAUGUUCACCAUGGUGCUCGUCACCUUCUCCAUCGUCACCAGCGUGUGCGUGCUCAACGUGCACCACCGCUCGCCCACCACGCACACCAUGGCGCCCUGGGUCAAGGCCCUGUUCCUGGAGAAGCUGCCCCCGCUGCUCUUCAUGCAGCAGCCGCGCCACCACUGCGCCCUCGCGGACCACAUGCGCAGCGAGGACGAGGAUCAGAGCGUGAGCGAGGACUGGAAGUAUGUCGCCAUGGUGAUCGACCGGCUGUUCCUUUGGAUCUUUGUCUUCGUCUGUGUCUUUGGCACCAUCGGGAUGUUCCUACAGCCUCUCUUCCAGAACUACACCACCGCCACCUUCCUCCACGCAGACCACUCGGCUCCCAGCUCCAAGUGAGCCUCCCUCACCCAGCUCCACGGCCCUUCACCCCUCUGCCCUCUGUUGUACAAUCGCUUUGGGUGGAAGAGGAUGAGCUACCAGGAAGAGGGGCGCUGCCCACAAAGAUCCAUCCUUCCACGUCACCUGGAGCCCCUCCCCCCCACACAGCCAGCUCCACCUGGCAGCUGGGCCAGCCGCUCUCCUCCUCCUGCACCCAUAGUGUUGCUGGUUGAGGAUGAAGGCCGAGAAAAGGAGGGUGGAGAUAUCAGCGACUUCCAGCCUGAGGAAAGUGUGAAGGGGAAGGGGCCACGAAGGGGCCAGAAUCUUCCACUGCCUUCCAGUCACGGGAAAGGGUGAGAGGGACAGGGGCUCCAGCUCUGUGCUGGGCCAGCCCAACACAACGGCAGCUCAGAAGGGAGGAGCGAGAGGAGAGAGGCCUGGGUGUGACCGGAUGCUUGCCUCAGCCCCAGGGAACGGCAGCUGGGCGGGUGGGCCUCACAGGGGCACAGGUUCCUGCCCAGAGGGUUCGUCUGCUGCUGUGGUCAGACGCCUGGAGGGAGCUUCCAGCCCGGUCCCACCGCCCCAGCUCCCCUCAUCCCGCUGAGGGAUUCUCCGCACCCCCUGGAUUUCCUUCCUUCUUGCUCGGCCAGGGUGUGAAGGGCAAGGCUGGGUAUUGGGAGCCUCUGAGUUUUGAGUCUUUGCGUGACCUGCUUGGAGCCUGAGGUCUGAGGACACACACUUUGGGGGAAGGGCAAGUUCACAGGCUGUUUUUUACCCCCAUUUGAACUGACUGGUUGUUUGAAGUAAAUGAAGGAUGUUAGCUGUAAGCAGAGCCAGCCUUUUCAAUUUUUUUAAAUAUUUUUUUUUAUUGAUUUUAGAGAGAAGGGAGAGGGACAGAGAGA